AUGAAUGACGUCAUGCUGGUUAUGUCCACCCCAGCCCCCCAAGGAAGCAAACUGCUGGUUUUGGUGCUGUGCUUGAACUUCCCAUCCGAAGUGGAGUUGUGUCCCGGAGCAUGCGUGUGUUACAGUGAACCCAAAAUCACCAUCAGCUGCCAGCAGCAAGGGCUCGGCACCAUCCCCAUCGAGAUCCCAGUCCAGACCCAGCGGAUUUUCCUACACAACAACCGAAUCGGCCUGAUCCAGUCUACCAGCUUUACUUUCUGCCACAACAUCUCUAUUCUGUGGAUCCACUCCAACAAUAUCAGUCUCAUUGAACCCGGGGCAUUCUAUGGGCUCAACAAGUUGGAAGAGCUCGAUCUGAGUGAUAACGUGAACCUGAAGUCCAUUAACCCUUCUACCUUCCAGGGCCUUGUCCACCUGCAUACUUUGCACCUGGAUCGCUGCGGGAUCCUGGAGUUGUCCACGGGGCUCUUCCGGGGUCUUUUCUCCUUACAGUAUCUCUACCUGCAGGACAACAACCUGCAGGAGCUUCCAGACGACACCUUUCUGGAUCUCGCUAACCUCACCUAUUUGUUUCUGCACGGGAACAAAAUCAAGCGUUUGUCAGAAAACGUGUUUCGAGGGUUGACGAACCUGGAUAGGCUUCUGCUGCACCAGAACAGGGUUGGCGGAGUCCACCGCAGGGCCUUCCAUGACCUUGGGAAAGUGAUGACCUUGUACCUUUUUAAUAACAACUUGACAGUGCUGAGCGGGGAGACCAUGGCUCCGCUGGGGUCUCUCCAGUACCUCCGACUCAACGGCAACCAGUGGGUUUGCGAUUGCCAGGCCCGGUCCCUCUGGGAUUGGUUCAAGCAGUUCAAAGGGUCUUCCUCGGAACUGGAGUGCCACUUACCCACUCAGCUGGCAGGAAGGGACCUCAAGCGCUUGCCGAGCACGGAUCUGGAAGUCUGCCUUGACUCCUUCAACCAGAUCCGAACAAGCGUCUUCAGCACCAAGACCAAGUCUGGCAAACUGCCCACAGCAGGCCCAACGCUCAGCCCCCAGGACAACGCGCAGAAAUGCUGCCCACCAGAGAUGGAUAAAUCUUUCAUUUAUGAAGCCAAAGCCAAGGCAGGGCCUUCUUCUCACAGCAACCGGGCUUCCCCUAAUAACCCACUCAAGGAUAAGGAAAAUAUGGCCAAAACCAAGCAUCAGGUGGAGGCAGAGCUGCCCAAAAAUGGCAGCAGCAAGCACAUCAACGACUCGCCCUUUGGAACAUACCCCAGUGCAGUCGACCCCCCUUUGACCAACUUGAAACCAGAGUUCUUGGGCCCCGUGGAGCCUUCCACCGCCCCAACGAAAAGGAGGCAGGGGUGCUCUCGAAGGAAUAAGUCCAGGUCCCAGUGCCGUAUGGCACAGCCAGUCCCCAGUGCCGGCCCCAGCUUCCCAGCCCUCCCAAGCCUUCUGCUGCCUCCUGUUAUGUGGAGUCUCUUUUGCUUCUCUUGAAAUCAAUCGAGCCUUUGUUUUCAGGGGGGGCUCUCGGCUUUAAGAGAGGAACAGGAAGUGGGGGGACAAAAAGCCUCUGCCCCAAAGGUUGUGAAGGAGAAGUUAUGCCCAGAGAAAAAUGUUACAAUGCUAAACAUUUACUGGAUGCCUUUAUAAACUCUCACACACA